AGAUCCACCAGUACUUAACCCUACUCUGAGCUACAAUGAAGAUCUACGUCCUACUCCUGGUUGUCUCCCUAAUCGGAGCUGAAGGCGGAGAACAUGAGAACUACUGCACAGAUCUACUUGACUUCGGACCUAGAGAAGAAGUCCAGGAAGAACGGCUUCAAUGCCACACUGUGCUCAGGACAGUGUGUGAAGAAGUAGAACAAAAAGACUGCUUAGAGGUUUGUGAGCAAACUUGUGAGGUAACCCUAGUCCCCUCAUGUAAACUAACCCCUGGGUCACUAGAGGCCAUUAGGUCCACCGUCAACCUUUCUGAGGUCAUGCUCCACACCUGCAGUAAGGAGGAGGCCAGGGAGCUCCACACUAUGACGGUCUACGAGUGCGAGAACGUAACGAAAACCCACUGCACCACCCUUUGGGACAUCGACGAGAACGGGGAGAAGGUUUGGGCCGGAAAUGAUGGAGAUUGCAAAGAUGUUACGUGGGAGGAAUGUCAUCCGGUCCCUAAGGAAGUCCCAGUUCUAGUCCCCUACAUGAACUGUACCGAAUACCCGGUCAACUUUGUCGACGUUGUCAACGCGACAACCGAGCUACCAACCUCAGAGUUCGACUGCGAAGUACGACCGAUUCAAGAAUGUAAAUCUAAAACGUCGACGAAAUGUGGUUCCGUAACCUACCAGAAAUGUUCCGAAGUUCCUGAAUUAGUUUGCGAUCCGAUUACAAUCAUUGUUCCAAAGCAAGAACAGCUGCAUAAAAAAUGGUGCCAAUUCGACCAGGCUGAGAAUAUAGAUUUCAAUCUUGAAGUCAAGAAAAUCCUCGAAAAAGUGGAGGAAUAAUAAUCCGCAAACAUUAAGUCAGGAGAAGAAUAUAUUUUCAUAUAUAACAGAUAAAAUAAUAUUUAGCUAGAAAUAAAUUUUUAAAAUUAUAAA